CAAACCACUAUGUAUUAUAAUGUAACUUAUGACCUCGAGGUCAACUCUUAUACGCAAUCGACAAAUGAUAUGACCUGCACACUUUCAGACUGACAACAUAGAGAGAUGGAUUCCAUCUCAUUAUCAUCGUUAUCCAGUCUCACCACACACCAAAAGUCUUCUCUUGAAAAAGGAGGAUACAAAAAUUUAUCAGACCUCUUACUCAGUACGUCAAGUGAUAUCUCGCGCACGACGCGCAUUGCUCCAUUAGAGGUCACCAGAAUUCUCGAGGCUGCAUGUCGAGAACACGCAGUGCCCAUCAACAAAAUUAAAGACUUGCCGAUGGAAGGCGAAGAGAAGUUCACCACUGGAGAUGCUGAAUUAGAUAGUACCUUGGGUGGUGGAAUUAGAACGGGAAUGCUCUGGGAAAUUGUAGGUGAAAGUGCUGCGGGCAAGACACAGUUAGCCCUUCAACUCUCGCUGUUUGUUCAGCUCCCUUCUAGGUUAGGAGGCGUUCUAGGUUCCGCUUUUUAUCUGACGGUUGCGUCGCAACUGCAAACUACACGAAUGGAACAAAUACUCAAUACCCAUCCACUCUUGUCGCCUCCACUGUGUUCUUUCGCAAAUAUACAGCACGCAUCCGUUCCAACUAUCGACAAACUCAUUUUUGUCCUGUCUAAAUCUUUGCCGCAAUAUAUAUCUGCAAAUAACCAAAAUUCAUCAUCAAGACCUCUCAAGCUGAUUGUCAUCGACGCUAUCGCUGAACUUUUUCACACUUCCAAGAGGACCACCACACAGUUCCUAGUCGAGCGGUCUCGCAGACUAUCUGAAAUAGGGAUGCUUUUGCAUUCGCUCGCCAGCAAGCAUCAAAUAGCGGUCCUGGUCCUGAAUGAGGUCAGCGAUACUAUCGACAGGGAUACUGCUCCUUUGGACAGUGGGCAGAUCGGCUACAAGGAUCAGUUUCGGUGGUUCGGUCGUGCAGAUAGUGUCCUAGGGGAGGAUAGGAAAGAAGCAACGCUCGGUCUAGUCUGGUCGAAUCAGUUGAAUGUCAGAAUAUUUCUCUCGCGAACAGGUCGCCGUCGAUAUCUUGAAGAGAGCGAGCAGUCAAGGAAAAUUCAGAAGUCGGUCUCAGCGACGUCGUCCAAUAUUUCAGCUGGCGAUCAAGAACCCGUGCUUAUUAGGCGCCUAACCGUGGUGUUCAGCUCGGUGUGCGACCAUGCUUCUUGUGACUAUGUGGUUACUGCGGAAGGCAUUUCAGUUAUUCCUGGCUCUGCUGUUCUGCUUACUGCUCGACCUGCAGUAAGCACAGCUACACCUCCAGGGACCACCCAUGAUUCGAUGUCACCUCACGGGGACUUCACUCAAAUGCAAAAGGCUCAAUUAGCGCCGUUGGAUAUCGGCCAUAUUAUGGAUAGCACAGCCAUUGACAGUAGAUAUUCCACACCAGACAACGAGCCAGGGGAUGACGAAUGGGACGCUUUUUGGGAGCGAAAUGCGUUACCGGAGUGUGUGUUUGAGGAAGCAGCGAAUUUGACUGAAUCCUCGUGAUACCUAACGUUGUCUGUAACAACCGACCGU